AUGAUAGGGUAUCUGUUGAUGCCUCAACAAGAACUGGCAAUUCUAGGCUUAUCUAUACAAUAUACCUAUAUUUGUUAAGACCAGACAAUUAGGAGAUAGUCACUUCUGAUAGUGGGUGAUCAUGGGUGGACGUAAAGGCUGCUUGGCUGGGAGUAAAUCAUUUUGAGUGGUCAGGAUAGAUUAUGUCAUAAGGAGAAGUUGAAAGGAUGACCCUACAGAUAAACGUCUGAUAAUGUGCUAGCCCACCAACAUUAUACACCAUAAAACAUCAUUAUAGACCCUCAUCAAAGGUCAAGAGAGGAGAGAGGUCCAAACCAGCAUAUUUAUCCCGAUGAAGAUCUGACGACAGAGGUCAUGAACAGCCUAGUGAGGUGUCGGAAUUCUAAGGACGGAUGUCGAUGGAUUGGGAAACUCCAGAUCUUACAGGCACAUCUAGACGAGUGCCAGUUUGAUGCUGUGCCCUGUCCUCAAAGAUGUGGGGCCGUUCUGUCACGUUUAGACUUGGAGGACCACCUAGAAUUUACCUGCUGUAGAAGACAGGUUGUGUGUGAAUAUUGUGGGAAAAAGUUUCCUGGGGAUGUUUAUGAAAAGCAACAUUCUGGCCAGUGUAUAUCAGAAGUUAUGUGGUGUGAAAACAAAUGUGGUGCCCGCCUAGAGCGGCGUUUUCUUGGCAACCACAUGAGGAAUGAGUGCCACAAAAGAACGGUCCACUGUCAGUUUUGCAACAGGGAGUUUGUACAGGAAACAUUACAGACUCAUCAGUACCAGUGUCCUAGGUACCCUGUGGUGUGCCCCAACAGGUGUGACCCCACAAAGAUCCCCCGUGAGGACCUUGACCUCCAUGUCUCAGAAAUCUGUCCAUCAGCCACCAUUUCCUGUUCAUUUAAAGAGGCUGGGUGUAAGCAUAAGUGUCCAAGAUUCAGCAUGGAAAAGCACAUAACAGAUGGUGUCCAGCAUCACCUUAAACUCAUGUGUGACUUAUCCAAAACUCAACAAACUCAAAUAACUCAGCUGUGCAAUGCAUUGUACUCACUCACACAUAUCACAGAUGGCGAGUUCAUCUGGAAAAUCUCAAACUAUAAACAGAAAUUCCUAGAGUCUGCAUAUAAAGGUGUAGAACUUGUCAGUGAGCCAUUUUACACAUCUAGGUAUGGAUACAAAAUGGCCGCCUCUGUGUUCCUGAAUGGAAAUGGGGCAGGAGAAGGAAAAUACCUUUCUGUGUACAUAAAAAUCCUCCCAGGUGAAUAUGACAACAUUCUGGAGUGGCCUUUUAUGUUGCCAAUUUCGUUUUCCAUAUAUGACCAGAAUUUGGAUUAUGACCUGAGGGCCAACAUCACAGAAAGCUUCGUCCCAGAUCCUACAUGGAAACACUUCCAGAAACCCAUCAAAGACACGACUGCUCUGGGAUUCGGGUACCCCAAGUUUGUGUCUCAGGAAAUUCUGAAAACGAGGGACUACAUCAAAGAUGACAGCAUUAUUAUUAAAGUGAAAGUAGACAAUUACAGAAAUUGUAUGUCUCCGUGAUUACCUCUGUGAAAAUCAAAUAACCACAGUUAUGAUAUUUAUUUGUUGUCACCUUAGUACUUGUUUUGUUAGAGUUGCAAAAAUGUGCUAUUCAAAAUCUCUCUCUUGUCUUCUUUCUGUUAUUUCUUGCCUUUAAAAAUUGAUGUAGAUAUACCAUAAGUGUAUAAAAGUUAUUCUCCUCCAAAUACAUCAUUGGAAGACACGUCUUAUAAAUACAGACAAGUCAUAUUAGAUUGAAUGAUUGUUAAAAAAGGUUUAUAUAAUCAAUAAGCAUUGAAUGAAUGAAAGACAGAUUGAUUGUUAUUUCAUGGAGCAUAAUGACAAUAUAUUAAAUAAAGAAUGGAAAAAUUUA